AUGUUGUGCCCAUGGCACUUUGUGUUCAAACCUCGCCCUGCUAAGAGCAAGUUCUCUCAAGAGAAGGACCUCAAUAAUAACUUGGAGGAGAGCAGGAAGAUCUAUGGCUUGGGAAGUGUCGAUGCCAAGCUCCCUGAGCUGAGCAAGGAGCAGACGGAGAUGCCGCCGGUGGUGACGCCAGCGCCGGGCAGCGGUGGGCCAGAGAACCCUCCCCAAAAUGAUACCAAAGCUUCAACCCAAAUAUCAAGGUGUCCAAGACAUGUGAAAGUAAGGAACUUGGAAAAUGGUUCCAGCUUGCUGGACACACUGCACCUGACAGCUAAGGAGGUCAUCAACUGCCGACCCAAAGCCUGCCAAGGGGCACUCAUGACCCCCAAGGGCCUGGUGAGAGGUUGUAGAGAUGGUCCAGUUCCACCAGCAGAGCUUUUACCUCAGGCAAUCGACUUCAUCAAGCAGUACUACAAUUCAUUUAAAGAGCUAAACCCCGCAGAGCACCUGGCCAGGCUGGAAGCAGUGAGCAAGGCCAUAGGAACAACAGGGACCUACCAGCUGACAAAGGAUGAGCUGAUCUUUGCUGCCAAACAGGCCUGGAGGAAUGCCCCUAGGUGCAUUGGGAGGAUCCAGUGGUCCAAUCUACAGGUGUUUGAUGCACGUGGCUGCAAGACAGCCAAGGAGAUGUUUGAGCAUAUCUGCUCUCACAUUCAGUAUGCCACAAACAAUGGGAAUAUAAGAUCAGCCAUCACCCUGUUCCCCCAGAGGACUGAUGGGAAGCAUGAUUUCCGUGUUUGGAACAGCCAGCUGAUCCGCUAUGCCGGGUACCAAAUGCCCGACGGGUCCAUCCUGGGAGACCCUGCCAGCCUGGAAUUCACACAGUUGUGCAUUGAGCUUGGGUGGAAGCCCAAGCAUGGACGCUUUGAUGUCCUUCCACUCAUUCUCCAAGCAAACGGCCAGGACCCAGAAAUAUUUGAAAUCCCACCAGAAAUUGUCCUGGAAGUGCCUCUGGAGCAUCCCAAGUAUGGAUGGUUCAAGGAGCUGGCUCUGAAGUGGUAUGCACUGCCUGCCGUGGCCAACAUGCUGCUGGAGGUGGGAGGCCUGGAGUUCCCAGCGUGUCCCUUCAACGGCUGGUACAUGGGCACAGAGAUUGGGGUGCGAGACCUGUGUGAUGUGCAGCGAUACAACAUCCUGAAGGAGGUAGGGAGAAGAAUGGGACUGGAGACAAACAAACUUUCAUCCUUAUGGAAAGACCAAGCUGUUGUGGAGAUCAACGUGGCUGUGCUUUACAGCUUCCAAAAGCAGAAUGUGACCAUCCUGGACCAUCACUCAGCUGCUGAGUCCUUCAUGAGGUACCUGCAGAGCGAGUACCGGGCGCGGGGAGGCUGCCCGGCCGACUGGGUCUGGAUUGUGCCCCCCAUGUCCGGCAGCAUCACUCCUGUCUUCCACCAGGAGAUGUUGAACUAUGUCCUCACUCCCUUCUAUUACUACCAGGUGGAUGCAUGGAAAACACACAUCUGGCAUGAUGAGACCCGGAGGCCAAAGAAAAGGGAAAUAAAGUUCAGCAUCCUGGCAAAGGCUGUGCUCUUUGCAUCCUUCCUCAUGCAACAGGCAACAGCAGCCAGACCCAAGGUCACUGUAAUCUAUGCAACAGAGACUGGGAAAUCUGAAACAUUAGCCAACAAUCUGUGCAGCCUCUUCAACUGUGCCUUCAGCACUAAGGUUCUGCCCAUGGAUGAGUACAACAUCUGUGACCUGCAGAAAGAGACACUCCUUCUAGUGGUGACCAGCACUUUUGGAAAUGGGGAUUCUCCAAACAAUGGAAAGACCUUGAAGAACUCCUUGCUCACUCUGAAACAGCUGAGAAAGAAAAUCAGAUAUGCUGUGUUUGGGCUGGGGUCCAGCAUGUAUCCAGAGUUCUGUGCCUUUGCUCACACCAUUGACCAGAAGCUGGCCCAGCUAGGGGCUUCUCAGCUUACUGCAGUGGGUGAAGGAGAUGAGCUCAAUGGGCAAGAAGAAGCCUUUCACACGUGGGCAGUCAGUGCAUUCAAGACUGCCUGUGACAUCUUUGACAUCCGUGGGAGAAGCAGCAUCCAGCUGCCUGAGAUGUACACCUCUGAUGAGAGCUGGGACCCUGAGAAUUACAGAGUAGUGCAUGACCCACAGCCCUUGGACCUGGCUAAAGCUCUUGCAAGCAUUCAUGCCAAGGAUGUCAUCCCCAUGAAGCUGAAAUUCAGGCAGAAUCUUCAAAGUUUAAAAUCCAGCCGUGUCACCAUCCUGGUGAAGCUUUCCUGUGAGACUGCUCAGGAAGUGCACUAUCUGCCUGGAGAGCACGUUGGGAUUUUCCCAGGCAACCAGCCAGAGUUAGUCCAGGGCCUCAUUGCACACAUCAGGGAUGCUCCUCCAGCUGAGCAGACUGUCAGACUUGAAACCUGCACUGGUGGUGGCUCCUGGACAAGUGACAAAAAGAUUCCAGCGUGCACCCUCCCUGAGGCUUUGACAUACUUGCUUGACAUCACCACUCCACCCUCCCAACAACUGCUAAGGAAGCUCUCCCAGCUGGCAACAGCAGAAGGAGACAGGCAGAGACUGGAAGCUUUGUCUCAGGUAAAAGAAUACAACAAAUGGAAGUUUUACAACAGCCCAAACAUCCUGGAGGUCCUGGAGGAGUUUCCUUCUGCUGAGGUCUCUACAGCUUUCUUGCUGACUCAGCUGCCGUUUCUGAAGCCCAGGUACUAUUCUGUCAGCUCCUCCUGUGACAUGACACCCAAAGAGAUUCAUCUGACAGUUGCAGUUGUAAACUACAAGACAAGAGAUGGACAAGGGCCUCUGCACCAUGGAGUCUGCAGCACCUGGCUGAACACAGCAGCCCUCAAUGCAACAGUUCCAUGCUUUGUACGCAGUGCUAAUGAAUUCCACCUGCCAGAGGAGCCAACCAAGCCAUGCAUCCUGAUCGGCCCAGGGACAGGAAUUGCUCCCUUCAGAAGUUUUUGGGUGCAGCGUCAGUAUGACCUGGAAAAGAAAGGGAUCAGAGCUGGUGACAUGACGCUGGUGUUUGGCUGCCGACAGCCAGACCUGGAUCACAUCUACAGAGAGGAAACUGAGGAAAUGAGGAGGAAGGGCAUCCUGAAAGAAGUCUACACAGCUUACUCCAGACAACCUGGCCAAGCUAAAGUCUAUGUCCAAGACAUUCUUACAAGCAAGCUGGAGACCAAAGUGUGCAACCUCCUGCAGCAGGAGGAAGGGCACCUGUACGUGUGUGGAGACGUGCGCAUGGCCAGGGAUGUUGCUCAGGCUGUGAAGGGGAUGCUGGCCAGGAGGCUGAACCUCACAGAGCAGCAGGCAGAGGAGUAUUUCUUCCAGCUGAAGAGCCAGAAGCGAUAUCAUGAAGAUAUAUUUGGGGCUGUGUCCCACAUGAAGCCACGAGAGGUGUAA